AUUCAUUAAGCUCCCCCCUAUUAGCAUAUCAACAUAUUUCAAUUGGUCUACUGUCCAGCAGUGAAUCCUACCCAUUUAUUAUUCCCUACCAGAAUUGGUUCUGUGUCUCGGGCAGUCCUGGCCUCUUUGAAUGAAAGAAAAUUAUAAUAGCUCAAGUCACGACCGCAACCUUGCUACACAACAUGUCCAACCAAUCGUCAUCACAACUGCCUUCCAUCCCGCCCUCCUCCCAACCUCCACCUGCAUCACAAGACCCUCAGCCACCUUCCUCGUCCUGCGCGCCAACGGGAGAACCAGCGGCAGCACCGCCCGCUUCGUCAUCCGAGACCCCUGUCGUGCCCAAGCAAGAGGAGCCCGAUACCCAAGACAGUUCCAUAGAUCCCACGAUCGAGCAGGACAUCGAACUGGAUCCCGCGAAAAAGAUGGCGAACAAUGAAAAUGGCGAUGACGCUGGUCCCUUAAAUCCUGCCCAAGAGGCCGCCUCCGCUGAUGCGCUAGCGGCCGCAGCUGCGCCGUCGAAGAAAGAGACCAGUCUCCGUGAAUUCUUGGGGAAGAUGGACGAAUAUGCGCCGAUCAUCCCCGACGCCGUAACAGCACACUACCUGACCCUAGCCGGCCUCCCACCACCAGGAAACGGCCCCAACCAAACCCCCCCACACCUCGCCCGACUCCUUGCCCUCGCGACCCAGAAAUUCGUCGCCGACAUCGCAGCCGACUCAUACCAGUACGCGCGCAUCCGCGCGUCGAACAGCUCAUCCGCGAGCAACCCCAUGGGCAGUCUGAACGCCGCCUCGGGUCUCGGCAUGCCCGCGGGCGCAGCGGGCGCCGCAGCAGGUGCCGCCGCGGGUCCCUCGGGGGCAGACGCCAAGGGCAAGGCGGGCGCGCAUCUCGGUAUCCAGCGCCCUGGCUUCGGUGGCGGCGGGUCGGGCGGGUCUGGACAGGGGCGGACGGUGCUCACCAUGGAAGAUCUGGGGAUGGCAGUUUCCGAGUACGGUGUCAGCGUGAAGAGAGGCGAGUUCUACCGGUAGAGGAUAUGCUAUCACCGCGUUGUGUGGCUUGUCCUUUCUUUUCAUUGCUUUCUUUCUUCCAUUUUACAUUUUGUUCUUCUCUCUCGGCGGAUAGCGGAGGUGAAGAUGGAGAUACCCCGUCUUGGAGGAUAUAUUUUACGCUGCGGGUUGAUUUAUUGAUUGAUCGGUGUGGGUCUGGCUUGGGUUUUCUCACUGGCGUA